AGAAAUGCUCCGUGAUCCUCAAUUCGCACAAAAGCACGAUGUAUCUACUCCGAUUAUGGAAAAUCCUGAUGCACAGAAGCCCUGGAGUGAACGAAGCGACACAACUCGAGUCAUUCUACGUCGCUUAUCGUCGAACCGGGACCGUCCCAGUAUUCUGAAUCGUUCGCCACAAGACUCUGCCUCGACGUCUACUGACAGCAUUUGUUCAACUUCGGCCCCGGAGACGUCGACUUUGGAUCGAAAUCGUUCCACUCGCCAUUCUCUUCUCAUUCGAAAUAAGAACAAGAUUUCGCGAUUCAUCUUCGAGACCGACUUUAAUAGUUCUGGGAAAUGUGGGGUUUGCUCUAAACUCGACCUCGACACCGCCUUUUCCCCAUGUCGCCACAUAUAUGCUUGCCACGACUGCGCCAACAAUAUUAUGCGAACGUCCGGUGUAUGUCCUGUCUGCAAGCACACCAUAACGGCUGUCGACCGAUGCUAAGUGGAUCGAUUGUUUGGCGUAUUUGAGCUUAGUCACUUUGUUUCACUUGUAAUUCAGUUUUUUUUUUGGUUCAUCAUUUGUGAUGUCACUAUGGUUUUGCAGAAUUUUGGCAAACUUAUUAUUGCGUGGAUUAUAUAACGUCAUACUUCAACGUCAGCGCUCACCCAUAUCUUUCUUAAUGUUUCCAUAAACCCAUUUUAUACUGUUGUGGUUGUAUUGAGGGUAACCAAUUGAAUAGCAUGGUUUUAUUGGUCAAUCUUUGCCUAUAUCGUUGCCUUUUAAGCUUUGCUGUCAUUUGUUGUUUUGUGCUUGAAAGAUUGUUUCUUCCAUAUUCUGU